UUCAUAAUUUCAUACCAUCAAAACAAUAAAUCCUAACACACACAACGAGUGAAUAAAGAAACACGUAUUUUAAAAUCUUCUGUCAAGUUUGGCAAUGGAUCUAGCCAAACACACGACACUCCAAAUGUUGGGAUGCAUACUCCUUGCAUCCCUCGUACUAACUAUGGCUCAACCCCCUGGCUUGACUAAGCCAAGCCAUGCAACUUGUAAGAUCAAGAAGUACAAACAUUGUUACAACUUAGAACAUGUUUGUCCCAAGUUCUGCCCCGACACUUGUCAUGUCGAAUGUGUUUCUUGCAAGCCCAUAUGUGGUCCUUCUUCCCCCGGGGAUGAUGGCGGAGACACUCCUCCUGCUCCGGUUCCACCUGUUUCACCACCACCUCCGGUUCCUGUUCCACCAGUCUCACCACCACCUCCAGUCACGCCUACUCCUUCUUAUCCUACUCCCACUCCUAUGCCUCCGGCACCUGUUCCGCCAGUUUCACCACCUCCUCCGGCUCCUGUUCCGCCAGUUUCACCUCCACCUCCGGCUCCUGUUCCGCCAGUUUCACCACCACCUCCAGUCACGCCUACUCCUUAUCCUACUCCCACUCCUAUGCCUCCAGCACCUGUUCCGCCAGUUUCGCCACCUCCUCCGGCUCCUGUUCCGCCAGUUUCACCACCACCUCCUACUCCUACACCGUCUGUUCCAAUUCCUACUCCACCAGUUUCACCACCACCUCCGUCUCCUACACCGGCAGUGCCAAGUCCUACUCCACCAUCUUCACCACCACCUCCUUCUCCCACACCAGCUGUGCCAAGUCCUACUCCACCUUCUUCACCACCACCUCCUUCUCCCACACCAGCUGUGCCAACCCCUCCUGAUGUUACUCCCACUCCUCCUACACCGGCUGUACCAAGUCCUCCCGACGUCACUCCCACUCCUCCUACCCCAUCCGUCCCAAGCCCUGAUACUCCCACCCCACCAGUCCCUCCAUAUUCCCCACCAGCAACCCCUACUCCCUCCGUUCCAAGUCCCACUCCCACACCUCCAUCAUCCCCAACUCCUCCAGGGUCUACUCCCGCAACUCCUUCUCCUUCCGUCCCUGUUCCAAGUGCUCCAAACUCUCCUCCUUACGUUCCUCCAUCUUCUCCUACUCCAACCCCACCAUCAGACGGGGAGGCAGGCGCAGGAGUCAGAAGGGCGAGGUGUAAGAAGAAGGGCUCUCCUUGUUAUGGAGUCGAAUACAGUUGCCCCGCCGCUUGUCCCCGUUCUUGUGAAGUCGAUUGCGUCACUUGCAAACCUCUUUGCAAUUGUGACAAGCCAGGAUCUGUUUGCCAAGACCCACGUUUCAUCGGAGGAGACGGUCUCACCUUUUAUUUCCACGGCAAGAAAGACUCCAACUUCUGCCUCAUCUCCGAUCCUAACCUUCACAUCAACGCACAUUUCAUCGGUAAACGUAGGCCUGGUAUGGCACGUGACUUCACAUGGGUCCAAUCCAUUGCUAUCCUCUUUGGCACUCACCGUUUCUACGUCGGAGCUCUCAAAACCGCCACGUGGGACGAUUCAGUUGACCGUAUCUCCGCCUCAUUCGACGGAAACGUUAUCUCGCUUCCUCAGCUAGACGGUGCCACAUGGACUUCUUCUCCAGGUGUAUACCCUCAGGUCUCGGUUAAACGAGUCAACGCUGACACUAACAAUAUCGAGGUCGAAAUAGAGGGCUUGCUUAAAAUAACAGCAAGAGUGGUGUCAAUAACUAUGGAAGAUUCAAGAAUCCAUGGGUACGACGUAAAAGAAGAUGACUGUCUAGCUCAUCUCGACUUAGGCUUCAAGUUCCAAGAUCUCAGCGACAAUGUCGACGGAGUUUUAGGACAGACUUAUAGGCCUAACUACGUUAGCCGAGUCAAGAUUGGAGUCCACAUGCCUGUGAUGGGUGGUGACAGGGAAUUCCAGACUACCGGACUUUUUGCACCUGACUGCUCUGCCGCGAGGUUUACCGGUAACGGAGACAGAAACGGUGGCUGGAGCAAAAUGGAGCUCCCUGAGAUGAGUUGUGCCAGUGGCGUAGGUGGCAAGGGAGUUGUCUGCAAGAGAUAGACGUUUCUUUGCUUUAAACCUUAUCACACGUACUACCACUAUACAAUAUGCUAAGUGGUAACUAUAAUCUUAUAACUAUAAAUUUGCAACAUGAUUUUUUCUGUAAUAAUAAUAUCAUUGAGAAAGCUUUCCUUAAAGAAAUAUGUAAUGAUAUAAAUG